GUCCGGAAGUGACGCAGGGCGCGGCGACCGGAAGCAGCGGCGGCACCGCUUCGGGGCGUGGGGGGCGGCGGCGGCGGCGGCUGCCGCGGGCGUGAGGUACCUCCAGCCCUCAGCAACGGCCCCGCGCUGUCCCCGCUGCCAUGGCGGAGGCCGUGCAUUACAUCCACCUGCAGAACUUCAGCCGCUCACUGCUGGAGACCCUCAACGGGCAGCGCCUGGGCGGCCACUUCUGCGACGUGACGGUGCGCAUCCGCGAGGCCACCCUGCGCGCCCACCGCUGCGUCCUGGCGGCCGGCAGCCCCUUCUUCCACGACAAACUGCUCCUGGGGCACUCGGCCAUCGAGGUGCCGCCCGUGGUCCCCAGCGGGGCCGUGAGACAGCUGGUGGAGUUCAUGUACAGCGGGUGCCUGGUGGUGGCCCAGUCCGAGGCUCUGCAGAUCCUCACCGCCGCCUCCAUCCUGCAGAUCAAGACGGUCAUCGACGAGUGCACGCAGAUCAUCUCGCAGAGCCGCAGCCCCAAGGUGCUGCCGCCCGCCCGCCCGCCGCCCGCGCCGCCGGUGCCUGCUGAUGCUCACCAUAAGCUCCGUGAGCUCCUGAUGCCGCCGCCAGAGCACGAAGGCUGCUUCGGGACGUCCAGCUGUCACAGCCGCAAGCAGAGGCAGCCGCUGCGGCUCCAGCUGCCGGUCAAGGAGGAGGAGGAGGAGGAGGAGGUGGUGGGGGGAGGCAACGAGGAAGGCUCAGCGCCCCCGGUGCCAUUCCCUGCCGAAGAGCCGCCGUUCUUUGGUGCUCCCGACGUCUUCUCUGAUGCCUUCCUGCCGCCUUGGACGGGCGAUGACGGGGGCAAAGUGAGACCUGAGUGCAGCCUGGAGGCAUCGGGGAGGGGUCCAGCUUUUGGGACAGAGGUGGCGCUGGGGGGGAGCAGCCUGGGGUUCACCCCCCCCGUGCCGCCCCUCUACGAGGAGGGGUUUGUGGAGGGGGGGACGGCUGGUGGAGUCCCCCUGGUCCCCAAGGUGCCACGGGCCAGCCCGUCGCGUCGCCCUGAGCCGUCCUACCAGUGUGGCCAUUGCCAGAAGACCUUCAGCUCCCGCAAGAACUACACCAAGCACAUGUUCAUCCACUCUGGCGAGAAGCCCCAUCAGUGUUCCAUCUGCUGGCGCUCCUUCUCGCUCCGUGACUACCUGCUGAAGCACAUGGUGACCCACACGGGCGUCCGCGCCUUCCAGUGCAGCGUCUGCUGCAAACGCUUCACCCAGAAGAGCUCCCUCAACGUCCACAUGCGCACCCACCGCGCCGAGCGCUUCCAGUGCCGCCUCUGCACCAAAGGCUUCUCCCACCGCACCCUCCUCGAGCGGCACGCUGCUGCCACCCACCCUGUGCCACCGCCAGGACCGCCGCCAGGACCACCUCCACCAGACACCAAGGGCGUGGGUGUCAGUCACGCUCACAUGGCCUAAGGGUGCCCCAGAGGGUUGUCGCCACCCCCAGACUGGCUCUUUGAGCACCGCGGGGUGAAACCUGGAGGACUUUGACCCCUGUUGUGGAUUUGAUGCCCUGGAUGGACAGAUGGAGAGAGAGGAGGUCCAUCCCACUCGUCCCUACCCACCCAGGAUGUGUUUCUCAAUAAUGGGGUUUCCUUUUACCUCUGAACCGCGGCGGUGGGGGUGGUUAAAUGUGCUCUGGGGUGCUGGCGGGUGGUGAAAAACAACACGCAGGUUUUAAGGACUCA